GUUUCCGUGCAGCGGAUUGGUCGAGCAGCGGGUGUCCCGUCCUGAGCGUGGCGGGAGUCAAAUGAAGUAAACUAAAACAUGAAAUGAGCUUCUACGCUGUUUGUCCAUGAGCAGGUUCCGUUUAAUGAUGCACAGAAGUAAACGAGCCGGACAGAAGAUGGUGGAAACUGCAAAACCAAAGCGCAACAGGACAAAGAGAGCAGCGAAAGAAGAGGAAACCACGAACGCAGCCUCGCCGGCCACGUACCACACUUUCCCUGAUCCUGCCCAUGUUGUGCUGCUGCGCUCUCAGCUCCUCAGCUGGUACGACAGGGAGCAGAGAGAGCUGCCAUGGAGGACUCUGGCUGUGACAGAACCAGACCUCAACAUCAGGACAUAUGCAGUGUUGGUUUCAGAAAUCAUGCUGCAACAGACUCAAGUUGCCACGGUAAUAGACUACUACAACAGAUGGAUGAAGCGGUGGCCCACAGUGGAGGCUCUUGCAGCUGCUACACUUGAGGAGGUGAACCAGAUGUGGGCGGGGCUUGGCUAUUUCCGGGGGAAAAGACUGCAUGAGGGAGCUCAGAAGGUCGUGACAGAGCUGAAGGGACAGAUGCCUCGGACGGUCGACAGCCUGCUCAAACAGUUACCUGGUGUUGGACGCUACACUGCUGCAGCUGUAGGCUCUAUUGCACUGGGCCAGGUUACCGGAGCCGUGGAUGGCAAUGUGAUUCGGGUGCUGUGUCGCCUGCGGGCCAUCGGAGCUGACAGCACAAGCCCUGCAGUGACCGAGGCACUUUGGGGUCUAGCCAAUACACUGGUGGACCCAGAGAGACCCGGGGACUUUAACCAGGCCAUGAUGGAGCUGGGAGCGCGGGUCUGCACCCCUAAAGGACCACUGUGUAGUCAGUGUCCUGUACAGUCUCACUGCCACUCUUAUCGCAAGGUCCACGACAAACGAGAGCAAAACUCCAAGAAGCUUUUGGGGAAACUGGAGAGAAAGACUUCAGCCCUGCCUGAUAUAGAAGACUGUGCAGCCAGUGGGACGUGUCUGCUGUGUCCCUCGGAGCCCUGGGACGACGAGCUGGGCGUUCAGAAUUUCCCAAGAAAGCCGGCGAAGAAGCCGCGAGUGGAGCGAACUCUGACCUGUGUGGUGGUCAGACCUGGAGAGGAGGGAGAAGACGAGUACCUGCUCACACAGAGGCCAAACAAAGGUCAGUGCCCGCAGCGUUUUGUUUUGUUGGCGGGCUUGUGGGAGUUUCCGAGUGUCCUGCUGGAGGAGGAGAGCUCUGAGAUGAAACAGAAGAGGGCGCUGUGUGCUGAGAUCAGCGGGACACUGGGAACUCACCUGACUGAGAGCCUCUUCCAGUCUGUCGGAGAGGUGGUUCACAUCUUCUCCCACAUCCACCAGACUUACGUGGUUCACAGUAUGCGUCUGAAGGACGGUGACAUACAAGCGCAGAGUGAAAACGCACAGUGGCUCAGCAGAUCUGCUCUGCAGGAAGCUGCUGUGUCCACAGGAGUGAAAAAGAUUUUGAAGCUUUAUGAUUCUGCGGACAGUCAAAAAGAACAGAUCUCUAAGGAUGGAAAGAAGCGAAACAUCGCUGACAAGAAAGUACAGACCUCAAAAAAACCCAAACUGGGUGCAGCGAGCAGCGGAGGCAGGCAGCUCUCCCUCAGCUCCUUCUUCAAGACAGUGAAACAGGAAUCUUGAUGGAAUUAUGUGUGAGAAUCCCACAUGGUGCCUCUCCAUGUGCAUGAGCACCCUGUGUCCACAUUAAGGUAUUCUGUUGGUGCCGUGGUCUCAUCACUUGGACUUAAUACAAAAUGCCAUUUAAUUGUUUUUAAGCAACCAGUUUUUAAAUUGAUAUGAAAUGAAAAAAAAAUCAAUACAUUGCUCAUGUGAUAUUCCUGUAAGACUUGUAGUGUGCUCUGAUUUUUAAUGACCUCAUGGCAGAUAAUGUUUUUAUCGCUGUAUUACGACUUUUGGACUUUUGCUAUUUCAUCUAUGCGAUAUCAUAAAAUUAACAACAAAACAAACAACAAUAAAACAAAUUUUAACAGUGAAAACAAGAGUGUAAUUUUGGAUAACAACCCAGUUCAGACACAGACUCAAGACGAACAUGAUGGUCAUGAUGAUGGUCAGAGAUUUAUUAUCUAUAUUUUAGCUAUUUUUUGUAUUAUAAAAAUGUUAUGUUAAAAUUAAACAAGUUUUCUUGUGAUACAUUUAGUAUGUCAUUAACUUUCAGAGGUCAUUAAAACAAUAAAGAGAUCCAGUUAAGGCCUGAAGAGAAUAUAUUGUAGCUCAAAUCAGAAAAACUGACAGUGAGUCGUUUUACACAAACUUGAUGUAAUAUUUUACUGUUGCUGCACUGAUGACAUUGUAUUGUACUGGGUAUAUGUGUACACUAAGUGAAUAUAGAAAUAUUGAGCUAAACAGGAAAACAUCGAUCUGACUGUUUGGUGUUCUGUGUCACUCAUCAGCUGUAAGACCUGAGAAAGCUGCAUGGACAUUGUCCUCAGUCAAUCAUUAACACUGAUGAUUACCACCAGCCUUGAACUAACAGAGCACUUAAAAACUGCUUUAAGUAAUACUCAGGUGGAGGAAGUACUCAGAUCUUUAAUACUGCACUGCAAAAAUACUCCAUUAAUAGUAAAGGUCCUGCACUGAAGAUGUUACUUACUCUUUUUUUUUUUUUACGUUUUACUUAAUUGCAGAAAAAUAUUAUUAAAAGACUUUUUUUAAAGAAAGAAAAUUUCUGACAGGCUGUUAAAUACAAUUUCAAUUUCUGUCUACGUAAAAAUAUGCUGUAAGAUAGUUUGAUUCAAAACAAUGCAUU